CUUAGGUUAUUUUUGACAAUUAUUCAUUCCAUAUCAAAAUUCCAGUAAAUUUACCCAUUAGUCACCAAAAUUCCAUAAAAUGUAUCUAAUAUUCACCACAAUAUUUAUUAUAAACCAAAUAACAAUUGUCUCUGCAGAUUGCCAAAUAAACCCCCUUCAAAUCCAACCCUGUCCUCUGAUAACUAACAAAAAUUCCCAAGUUAUUUAUCCAGACAGUAGCACUCACUUGACUUCCAUAGAAACCCUUGACAAAAUCAACAUUGCUUGCCCUGGAAACCACUUGAUGCACCAAGGAGUUCCCAUUGGUGAAUCCAUAGAGGUCACAUGCGAAACCGGUGAAACUUUUAAGUACCAAGAGGAAAAUGUUAACUUUUACUCCCUAAGAUGUGAAAGUAUACCAAAAAACAUUGUAAGGUACACUCAUAAUAAAUGCCUUGAAGGUGGAGAGGAGAUAGAAAUAGGUUAUGAACUUACCGAUAAGGGAGAUGGGUUUAUAAGGCAAAUUAAAAUAUGCUUUAAUAGUCUUACACUUAUUCCGUUGUAUUCCCAUUAUAAUUUAACAAAAACAAUUGGAUAUAGAGACAGCGGAGUUGCCAGAGUGUUCUUUGAGGAAAACGGUUUUUAUCCCACCUCGGCAAACUUGGAUACUUUGUACCGCAAAGAUUUCCAGAGGAGCACCAUAAACAACUUGCUAAGCUUACCUAAUAAUUCUUUUAAUUACAUAAAACCUUCGGGAGAAACGUUUAUCAACAGGGGACACCUGACUGCCAAAGGAGAUUUCGUGUAUGCUUUCCAACAAUUGGCGACUUUCCAUUACGUCAACUCUGCCCCGCAAUGGGCCAGUUUCAAUGGAGGAAACUGGAACGAGGUGGAAAUUAGCGUAAGAGACUACGCAAACCGUUACAAAGCAGACUUGCAAGUUUUCACUGGGGUCCAUGGAGUAUCUUCUUUGUCAAACCAAUAUGGAAAAACCGACUUAUACUUGCACACCAUUAAAGGAAAAAUGCUACUGCCGGUGCCUCGACUAUUUUGGAAACUCUUAUACGAUCCCGAGAGGGAUGCGGGAGUCGUCUUGAUAGGAGUGAAUAAUGCCCAUGAGUUAGACGAAGGUAGAGAUAUCAUUUGCAAAGACGUUUUUAAUAAAAUUUCAUGGCUUAAUCGAAAACUGGAAAGGCAACAUCAUGAUAUUGGGUUGGGGUAUGUUUAUGCUUGUACAGUUUCGGAUUUUAUGGAGGUUGUAAAUACUUUUCCCAGAAUAACUGUAAGUACUUUGCUCACUUAGGCUAGUAAUAAAUCGCGUUUUCAAUUCAACAACAAUUUUCAACUAGUCCCUAAGUUAUAAUUCCAUUAAAAAAGGAGUUGUUAAAUAUAAUUAAAGAUUAUAAGUUAAAGAAA